AUGCGAACUGUAUUCCUAAGUACCGCCUUGGUGGCAUUGUAUGUCACAUUGACCUCAGCUACCCCGGCAGUCUCUCGUGACGGGCUGAAUGUCGCUCGGGAUGUGAUCCUUAAUGGUGACGCGGAUGCAGCUUACGAGAAGUCUUCUGUGCGUCGCAAUGAUGCCGAUGCUGCCUAUGAGAAAUCCUCCAAUGCCCGCCGCAGUGAUGCCGACGCUGCUUAUGAGAAAUCCUCCAAUGACCGCCGCGGUGAUGCCGAUGCUGCCUAUGAGAAAUCCUCCAACGCCCGCCGCGGUGAUGCCGACGCUGCUUAUGAGAAGUCUUCUGUCCGCCGCAGUGAUGCCGAUGCUGCUUAUGAGAAAUCCUCCAAUGACCGCCGCAGUGAUGCCGACGCUGCUUAUGAGAAGUCUUCUAUCCGCCGCAGUGAUGCUGAUGCCGCCUACGAGAAGUCAUCUGCUUAA